AUAUCCCCGGAAGUAGUUAAUGCGGUUGUCAUGGCCGCCAGGCUGAUGUUCGUCCGAGUAGUUGGUCUGAAGAGGGUCCCGCAGCUGCGGGUUCCCCAGGCGCCGGACCUGAUUGGCCCUUUCCGAAGUAGCUUCCUCGGUGCUUCUAGCCUGGGCCGCUGGCUCCCAGAGGCUGUUUGGAAUUCAAACAGAUGCAGCAUCUCUACAACAGCAGCUCCUGCUAAGGCAGAGGAAGAUUUGUUUUACAAGUGGUUCCUAUUCCUCAUUCCUGUGACUGCCUUUGGCCUGGGAACAUGGCAGGUCCAGCGUCGAAAGUGGAAGCUGAAGUUAAUUGCAGAGCUAGAAUCGAGAAUUGCAGCUGAACCUAUCCCUCUUCCUGCAGAUCCAAUGGAGCUAAAGGACUUGGAAUAUAGACCUGUGAAGGUCAGGGGGCAUUUUGACCACUCCAAGGAACUGUACAUUUUGCCUCGAACCAUGGUGGACCCAGCACGAGAGUCCUGGGAUUCAGGACGAAUGUCCUCCACAUUGGAAAGUGGUGCCAAUGUUGUUACUCCUUUCCAUUGUACUGAUUUGGGGAUCACAAUCCUAGUGAAUAGAGGAUAUGUUCCUAGGAAAAGAAUAAAUCCAGACACUCGGCAAAAAGGCCAGAUUGAGGAUGAAAUUGAUCUCAUUGGGAUGGUGAGAUUGACAGAAACCCGGAAACCUUUUGUUCCUGAAAACAAGCCAGAGAAGAACCGAUGGCAUUACCGUGACCUGGAGGCUAUGGCAAAAGUCACAGGCGCUGAGCCCAUAUUCAUUGAUGCCAAUUUCAAAAGCACAGUCCCUGGAGGGCCCAUUGGUGGCCAAACAAGAAUAACCCUGAGGAAUGAACACAUGCAAUACAUCAUUACUUGGUAUGGACUGUCCGCAGCAACAUCAUAUAUGUGGUUUAAGAAGUUUGUUCGAUUGCAGUAACAGCAGCGAAGAGUGUUGGCAUGUAACCAUGGACAAACAUAGAAAUUUUGUAUUGAUGUUUUGCUUUUAAUAGCAUCUGUGAUUAAUUUGUAAAUAUUUUUUAAAUUACAAAUAAAGGCUCCUUUAAUGAUA